AUGAAGAAACUAAACAUGCGCAGUACCAGCGACCGCAGGUACACCAUGGCGAGCGGAUACGUCCCUCAGAUCGACAAGAUGGCCGGGAUGACUCCUACGGAGCGCCGCGAGUUCUGCGACACCCCCGAGAUCGCGGCCGAUGCUUCUUCUGUUAAGCCGCCGAGCACCACGGCCAAGUACGACAGCAAUGUCUCGAUGAACACCUAUCCCGCUGUCGAUAGCGAAGGCGCGGAGCAGGCCAAGGGUCCGGCUGAUAUGGAGGGCUUGACUGUUGUCUGGACGAAGAAAUGGCUGAUUGCCGCUUAUGCUGCGAUCAUGCUCAUCUCUUUCGUCAACUCCCUCCAGCAACAAACCAACUUCUCAUGGCGACCCUACGUCACCUCGGCCUUCAUGAUGCACGGUCUUACGGCUAUUACCGAUAUCGUUGCGAACAUAGUCGGAGGUGUAUCAAAGCUUCCGCUGGCCAAGUUCAUCGACAUCGUUGGACGACCCCAUGGCUUUCUCCUUUGUUUGAUGUUCAUUGUCGCCUCGCUCAUUCUCAUGGCUCUAUGCCAAAACGUCCAGACCUUUUGCGCUGCGCAAGUCAUCUACUGGACAGGCAUGAACGGCGUCGAUUACAUCUUCAACAUCUUCAUCGCCGAUACCGCGCUUAUGCAGAACCGUUUGAUCUGGAUGGCGUUCACUGGAUUCCCCUACGUUGUCAACACCUUCGCUGGUCCCAAGCUUGGUGAAACCUGGCUCAACCACAGCACUUGGCGUUGGGGCUAUGGAUCUUUCGCUAUCAUGACACCAGUAUUCUCCAUUUCUUUCUGGCUCGUCUUUUGGCUCAUGGGUAGGCGAGCAAGAAAGAUGGGCGUCAUCUCGCGCGAGCCGAGCGGCAGGACGGUCUGGCAGAGCACCAAGCACUGGUGUACCGAGUUUGACGGCAAGUUGAACUCGCAGACUAGCUCAUACCGCAUGAUGUACUCUUCAUACCUUCAGGUGGUUUUCCAGCUUUCCGUUUCCAAGGCCGGAUAUAUCACGAACAUCUUCAACAUCGUCUCGUGCACCUGGGCAAUCAUCAUCAGCUUCGCCAUGAAGUACACCGAUACCUACAAAUGGGGUGCCGUCAUCGCCGUCCCCACUCAGCUACUCAUGACUGGCCUGUUGAUCUAUCUCCGCACACCCGACUCACCGAUAGCGAUCCUGAUCCUGGUGGAGGUACUCGGCGCCAUGGCGAGCGCUAUGCUCUACAACGUGGAGCAAGUUGCUAUCAUGAUGGCUGUACCGCACGACCAAGUCGCUGUUGCUAUCGCGCUUCUCAACCUCGUCACGGCUGUUGGUGGUGCGAUCGGCCAGUCUGUUAGCGGCACUCUAUGGGCUCAAAUCGUACCCAAGAGGCUCGUCGAAUACCUCCCUGAAGAAUCGAAGCACCUGGCGCCAAAGAUCUAUGGUGAUAUCACUACGCAGUUGUCAUUGCCAUGGGGUAGUCCGGAGCGUCAGGCUGUGGUACACGCGUUCGGCGACGCGCAGAAAAUCAUGGUGUUGAUGGGGACUUGUGCAUUUGUGCCUUGCUUCAUCUGGGUGGCCAUGCUGGAGAACCAGCGCAUGAGCGAGCGCAAGGCCCGCAAGGGUCUGCAGGCUUGA